GGCGAUCUAUGACUCUAUGCCUGUCUCGAUGUCUCGAUAACUUCCCAAGAAGUGUGAAUCAGUGGCCAUUACCUCCGACUGGGUUAACCAUUUUGCUUUUACGGACCAGCAGAGUAGGGUAAAGACCGACAUAAAGACAACGUUGCCGAGAGAAUUCAGCGAGACACCUACCUGGUACCGAACCAUGCUCUACUCCACCUCUUUUUACCACUGGGCUUGUGGUGAAAACUCUACUCGAGUAAUUCCAGUUGGCUGGAAGCUUAGCUUGAAGCGACACCUGUACAGUGUACAGUACCGAUACUCCAAAGGGGAGUUUAGCUGUUUCUCCGAAGUUUAUGCAGGUUCAACAGGAUGACCUCACUCAGCUCCUCACACAGUCCUCACACCUCACACUAUUCACCACAGAAAUAGAAAAGCAGAAGACUUGAAGCUCCAAAAGUUCUUGAAACCACAUAAGCCAAAAAGAGGCAAUUCUUGAUCACAGUUCACGCUGCCAAGCAAGCAAGUCUAUUGAAAGAGCCACACACUACUGAGAGUCAUCAUUACUAUUCAACUCAACACAUUCUCAGUUUGGCAUUUUCCUUUUCGAGUGCAACAACAUGACGAUCAGCAGUCCCAACAACAAUCCCGCUACUACCAGCGAAGCGGCCCAGCAGCGCCUUGAAGAAGACCUCUUUCUCGACGAGAAUAAAGCUUCUGAUGAGGACAGCGACGAUGGCGACGACGACAUUGACAGUGACGAAGAGUCUUCCCAGACUAGUAGCCGCUACUCACGAAGUAAGUCUUCUACGGGAGAGCCCUCGAGUUCCGGGGCGCAAGAAGCACGAGAAAAGCAGGAGAUUGAAAACCUCAUCCGGCGGGAGACGAAAAGUGUAAUGACUUGGAGGGAGACCGUCACGGGUAUCCUAAUGAUCGUUGGGUUCAUUUCCGGUCUUGCCGCCUUUGUCUUUUUGGGGAGAGAAGAGCAUAUGGCUUUUGAGACUGCGUUCGAAGAGGCUACCCUAAUCAUCGCCAACAAGUACAUUGCAGACACCCAGGCGACGACGAGCGACACCAAGGUCUUAUCGGAUCUGGUGACGGCAAACGCGAUUGGUACCAACUCGACCUGGCCAUUUGUGACAAUCCCGUUCUUUGAAGUGUACGGGAGGAACAUCCGGUCGGCUCCUACGUCGGACAUGGUCAUAUCCGCUCCUUUGGUCUCAGAAGAAGAACGGGCUGCCUGGGAAGACUACACAACCAAGAAUCACGGCUGGAUACUCGAAGGCAACAACAUCUCGGCAACACCGGAUCUGCAAACCAUCCAUGACGACCAACUCAAGGGGCGUUCUUCUAGCGCCGACACUCACAACGGUACCAUCAUACCCUACAUUCACAUCGGCUUGACCGACGAGGGCGUUCAGCCUGUUCCAGCAGGACAGGGUCCGUACUGUCCUGUCUGGCAGGUAUCCCCACCUCCUGCCGACAAUGCACACAUUGUCAAUCUCGACUUGUUCUCCUACCCAGAGGUUGCCAAUCUCUACAGUCGCGUUGCCAUCACCGAGAUCUCCAUGGAUGAGGUGCACCCGGUCAUCUCCACCAUCCUCAACUUGGGCGACCAAGGCGCACCAUUGGACAAAGACUUGCUAACCUCCGAAACAAAUCACCAUCGUCCGCGUAGCGUAAUGAUGGCACCGGUGACGGAUCGCAUCCUCAAUCAUAACCAACCUCGUCCUGUGGGCCUCGUGGCAAUCUCCUUCAUCUGGGACGCCGUUUUCACUGACACUCUUCCGGAACAAACGGUUGGCAUUCAGGUGACAGUAAGGAACUCCUGUGACGAGGAGAACCCAUUUACAUACCUACUCAAUGGAUCCAAUGCAACUUACAUGGGACUCGGCGAACAUGUCAUUGACAACUUUUACGAAACAAUGGAAACUGUGGUUGUGUCUCCUUACUUCAAUACAACGGAAUUCGGAGGCUGUGCCUACUCCCUCCACAUUCAACCCACUCGGGCACUUCGAAGAGGUCAGAAUUCGGAUGAAAAGGUCAUCUUCACCAUGGCGGUGCUCGGACUCUUUGUCGUGAUUGGAAUCGUCUUUCUCUUUUACGAUCGAAGUGUCCAAAUGCGCAAUGAAAAGAUGAUCAAGCAGGCUGCCAAAUCAAACCGCAUCGUGAGUAGUCUUUUCCCAUCCACAGUCAAGAAACGUUUGUUUGAAGGCGACGACAACAACGACAAUGGUGGAGCCUUGGAUGUGACCGGGGUGCAUUCUUCCAAACCUCUUGCUGACUUCUUCCCCGCAGCCACGGUCCUCUUUGCCGAUAUUGUCGGAUUCACUGCAUGGUCAUCGGUUCGGGAGCCAUCUCAGGUCUUUGUCCUUCUAGAAACAAUCUACACUGCCUAUGAUACCAUUGCAAAACGACGCCGAAUCUUCAAAAUUGAAACUGUGGGGGAUUGUUAUGUCGCUGCGGCCGGUCUCCCAGAGCCAAGAACGGACCAUGCGCCCGCUGUCGCCCGUUUUGCACAUGAGUGCCAAACCAAGAUGGAUGAGUUGACUACCCAAAUGGAAGAGACACUGGGCCCCGACACAGGAGAUCUUUCCAUGAGAAUCGGGAUUCACAGUGGUCCAGUCACCGCGGGUGUCCUGAGGGGAGAGAGGAGUAGGUUUCAGCUCUUUGGAGACACCGUAAACACCACUGCUCGAUUGGAGAGUACUGGGAAGCCAGGACGCAUUCACUGUUCUCUUGAAACCGCGAAACUCUUGCAGCAGAUGGGAAAGGGGAAAUGGCUGACUCCAAGGGAAGACAAAGUGGUCGCUAAGGGUAAGGGCGCCCUUACUACGUUUUGGGUAUGCGUAAAGGGCCGAGAUACUACUGGUAGUUCUGUGGCGAGCAGCACUGGGCGAUCUGACCAAUCAGAAAGGCAAGUGCGCUUUGCGGGCCAGGGACUGCCUCACAGCGAUUCUCGGCUGCAGAACGGACUUUCGACCAAAUCGACGAGGCUUGUGAAUUGGAAUGUCGAGAUAUUAGUGAGACUCUUGAAGCAAAUUGCGGUUAGACGAAAUUCGACAAAGUCCUCUCUUUUCCCCUCGUUUGGAAUCAACGAGGAACAGUUGGACCAGCAACUUCGAGCCGGAAAGAUGGUCAGCGACGAGGUGGUCGAGGUCAUCACUCUUCCCAAGUUCAAUGCUGCGGCAGCUGGUUCCAGCGAGGGCAGCAAUGUUGAGCUCAAAGACGAAGUGCUUAACCAGCUGCGAGAAUUGGUGACGGCGAUUGCGAAGAGCUACAAGGACAAGAAUUCUUUUCACAACUUUGAACACGCUAGUCACGUGACGAUGUCUGUCUCAAAGCUACUCAGCCGAAUCAUUGCUCCAAAGCUCGAUGCGAUUUCCUCCCGCGGUGCUUUCGACAAUCAUGAGAAAAUGUUGCAUGAUCACACAUACGGAAUUACUUCAGAUCCUUUGACACAGUUUGCGUGUAUUUUCAGUGCCCUCGUUCAUGAUGCUGAACACGAUGGAGUUCCUAACACUCAGCUUGUCAAGGAGGGAACUGAGCUUGCUGCUCGUUACCAAAACCAAAGUGUAGCAGAGCAGAAUUCGGUGGAUGUAGCAUGGAAUCUCCUGAUGGAACCACGCUUCAGCGACCUCCGAGCAGCCAUCUAUGGGGAUGAAGAAGAAAUGACACAUUUCCGCAAGUUGGUUGUCAAUUGCGUCAUGGCGACGGACAUUAGUGAUAAGCGUUUAAAGGAACUUCGCAACAAGCGCUGGGACAGAGCAUUUGCUGGCAAAUCUCGCAUCAGCGAAGCAGAAGAAGAAAAGACAGAAAUCGGCAGUGAUGAAGAGGAUGUGAACAGAAAGGCUACCAUUGUUAUUGAGCACUUACUUCAGGCCUCUGAUGUCUCGCAUACGAUGCAACAUUGGCAUGUCUUCCGCAAGUGGAACGAGAACUUGUUUAUGGAAAUGUACACAGCCUUCAGAGAAGGGCGAUCAUUACAGAGCCCAGAGGUCUUCUGGUAUAAGGGGGAGAUUGGUUUCUUUGACUUUUACGUGAUUCCCCUUGCGAAAAAACUCAGUCAGUGUGGUGUCUUUGGUGUUUCGUCGGACGAAUACUUGAACUAUGCGGAGAGCAACAGAAGCGAAUGGGAAGCCCGAGGACAGGAAGUGGUGAAAGAGCUCGCCGCCAGAGCCAAGGCGCGAUACGAGGAGCUCUACGGCGGCCCCACCGACAAUGCGAUGCCCAUUCUGGUAGAGGAGGGAUCAGAGCUUCGGGAAAUCGCACCAAUUACUAAAGCACCUUCUUUGAAAGCCCAGCCAGCAGAGGAACGUGUGCCAGACAAAGCACCUUUAAAGAUCCAGCCAGCAGAGGAAGCUGUACCAGACGACUGUUCCAUUGAAGUGUAGUGUUCAGUGUUCAGUUUUACCACGCAUUCGGCAGACUGCAAGGAAGGUCACGAUAAGAGAUAGCUUGGAGGCAAGUCCUUGGCUGCAGGUCUGUUCGGCAUGGGUGAUGUAUAUGUAAUGUAACUUAGAACGGGGCCUCUAUACCUUGAGAGUUGCAUGGGGGACUUGCCUCGGGGUCCACUGUAUACUAUAGUUGGGGUAGUAUGGAGCUUGUUAGGCUUCAUAACUUGCCCGAACUAUAGCUACCUUAGCUACACGUUGUAGUGUCGUUUCCUGGUGGCUGGAUAAUAUCUACUGGUAGCUAUUAGCCAAAGAAAGAUAAGAGUCCUUUAUAACUGGCCUGGACUAGCUACGGUAGCUAGGGGUACACC